GAAUUGAUUUCACUAAUAUAUAGGGUUCUAUUUGCAAAUAGACCUUGAUCCCCAUUUUAAUUGUCACUCUGGUGUUCCUUUUCUCCAUCAAUGGUCGUCGUCGAACUCUAGUGCAAGAUCUUGACCUGACAGGAGCACCAAUGUCAUGACUGCCUUACUAUUGGCAGCGGUUCGAGGUGUAUGCACUUCUGCACAACCUCCCCGGCUGACCAAAUUCACUCUUCAUCCUCCCAAAGCUGUACAUGUAGAAUUUUCAGAUGGGAGCUUAUUCAAACUUUCAGCUGAAUUUCUUCGGGUGCAUAGUCCAUCAGUAGAUAGCAAGAUAAGAUCAAUAGGUGGUGAAAAGGUGAUAUUUGGUCGACGGCAUGUAGGUAUAAUGUCAGCAGAACCAGUUGGAAAUUAUGGAGUGAAGAUAAUCUUCGAUGAUAUGCAUAAGACUGGUAUCUACACAUGGGAUUAUUUCUACCAUCUAAGUACCAACAAGUUUUCUCUCAUGCGAAACUACAUAAAAAUCUUGAAGAAACAUGGCCUUAGUCGAGAUCCUUCUCGGAGAAAAUGAGGCAUUAUAUUGUUUCGAGAAUUGUUAUUGAAAUUUAUGCUCUUGAAGAAAUUCAAAUGUGACCUUAUUGGUUUUUAACACUAUGGGGAAUACACAGGUUUUGAAAGAACUCAAUAUCAUCAAUUGUAUUACUGGAGUGGUUUCCUUAUCAUUCCAAGAUUUGUUGCAAUGACACAUUGUUUGUACA